AUGGCAAGACUCAAUAUCCUCACAUCCUUUAUAACAAUUUUGAUAAUUUCUAGUGCAAUUCCUUCCCUUUGCAAAUCCCAUCAUCAUAAAAAACACCCUCCACCAACAAUUCCACCUUCACAAAAAGAAGAUAAUGCACAUGAAAAUUACAUAAAUAGUUUACCAAAAAAGUUGGUAGAAUAUUUAGAGAAUUGUACCAAGUAUUUGCCUAGUAAAUGUGGUAUAAAAGUUCUAAAUGCCACACUUAAUGGCAAGGAAGAUAUUGACAAGAAAUGUUGUCAUAAUCUUGUUGGAAUGGGACUUAAGUGUCACAAAACUUUGACAAAAGUUUAUAUUGGUUUGCCUGAAGUUAAAGAUAAGGUUAAUUCUAAGGCUGUUAAGUCCAAUGUUAGCAAAGUUUUCAAGAAGUGUGUUGUUCUUGACAAGAAGAAGAAGGAGGAGGAGAAGGAGGAAAAUCAUUUUACCUUUUCACCUCCAAUAUUGCCAUAA